AACGGCACUCCGCUAUAUUGUUUUAUCACAGUUCUAGGGAGAAGUCGGAACAUUGAAUCAUGGUUUUUCUUUUCACAUUCAAUAUCUGUGCCUUGUCUUCACUGUUUCUCAGGCUCAUUUUUACCACAUCAUUUUAUGAGAGUUUGUAUAGAUCUCGUUCGGAGCUCACCUUUUAUCACUCAUUGUUUCAGAUUUUACUACCUACUUUGAAGUUUAUGUAGUCGGGAAAGUGACUUGUGUCGCUCCCAUGUACACCCUUUCAGCUGGACUAUGGGAAAGAUUUUUCAAAAAGAGGGAUUAUUACAUUGUUAUCGUGGGGUUGGACAACGUUGGGAAAACGACGUUUCUGGAACAGAUCAAGUCUCAUUUUGUGCAUGGCUAUGGUGCUUUGAAUCCUGCAAGAAUCACCAGCACUGUUGGCUUAAAUAUCGGGAAGGUGGAAAUCAAUAACACUUGCCUGAAUUUCUGGGACCUGGGUGGACAAGAAGAUCUUCGAACGCUCUGGAGCAGCUAUUACGAUGAAGCCAAUGCCAUGAUCUUUGUGGUCGAUGCUACGAAACGGGAACUGUUUGCAGAAGUGUCUAGUGUUUUCAGGGAAGUGAUCUCAAAUGAAUACGUGCAACGGAUGCCGAUACUUGUAGCCGUCAAUAAAAGUGAAAUUGAAGGCUCAGCUGAAGCUGCCGAGGUCCGGCAUAUCUUACACGAUGAAGAGCAUAUUGGAGAUUUGGCCGUUCUACCUGUAUCAGCCCUUGAAGGCACAAAUAUCGAUAGAUGUGUACGAUGGAUAGUACGAAGUCUAGCUAGCGAACCCCUGUAUCUCUAGUAUAUCUUUGCGAGUACCCAAAUCAUCUUCAUUUAUGAGUGUUUGUUGUAGUAAAUCAUAACCAUAUCACGUAUGAGCUCCGCCAUCUUCAUUUGAUAAUUUCAAACUUCCUUUGUUAAUCAAUCUAGUGGCAGUGGACUACAAAAUUUACUUUUCCUAUUUGUGACUGUACCACUUAUAUUUUUUGUUGUUGCUGAGCCGAAUGUACGGGUAUUUAUAUUUGUAUUUGCUUUGAGGCAGCGUCCAGGCAGGUAUAAACGGUUU